AUGUCACAAGUUCUUAAAACCAACGGUGCGCGAAUCGUUGAUUCUAGUGGCAAUGAGGUCCUGCUUCGAGGUACUGCCCUAGGAGGAUGGAUGCUUAUGGAAAAUUUCAUGAAUGGAUUUCCAGGUCGAGAAUGUCAAAUUCGAGGCGCAUUGCUCAAUGUGCUUGGCAAAGACAAGUGUGAAUUCUUCUUUGACAAGUUUCUGGAGUACUUCUUCACGGACAAGGAUGCCCAAUUUCUCGCCUCGAUUGGAUUCAACUGCCUCCGGCUAAGCUUGAACUAUCACCAUUUCGAAGAUGACAUGAAUCCCUUUGUCAUCAAAGAGGAGGGGUUCAAGCACGUUGACAGGGUCAUCGACAUUUGUGCAAGGCAUAAUAUUUAUACCAUCAUCGACAUGCAUGCCCUUCCUGGGGGCCAGAACCAAGAUUGGCACUCGGACAAUCCUACCGGGUAUGCUGCAUUCUGGGAUCACAAGCAUUUCCAAGACAGAGCUGUCGGUCUCUGGGAGCACAUUGCAAAGCGCUACAAGGGGAACCCUUGGGUUGCGGGAUAUAAUCCAAUGAACGAACCCGCCGACUCUGAAUGGACCAGGUUGCUGGCUUUUUAUGACAGAAUUGUACCUGCCAUCAGAAACAUCGAUCCGGAUCAUAUCCUCUUCCUCGAGGGAAACACCUUCAGCAUGGACUUUACCGGAUUUGAUAAGGUCUUCAGUAACUCUGUUUACGCUAUUCAUGAUUACUGCGGAUUUGGUUUUCCGAAUCGGAUCGGCCGAUACCAUGGCCUUCAAGAGCAAGAUGCGUACAUUAGAAGAAUGUACGACCGCAAAGUUGCUUUUAUGAAAGAGCACAAUGUCCCUAUCUGGAACGGUAAGUUCUUUGGUCCGAUAUAUGAACGUGAGGAGUACAACCAGGAUUGGGAGGUUCAUAACAACGAGAGAUAUGAUAUGCUCGACCGCCAACUUUCUAUUUACACAUCCGAGAGCAUCGCUUGGUCAAUCUGGGCGUAUAAGGACAUUAACGUCAUGGGAAUGACGUAUGUUUCCCCCGACUCAGCAUGGCUGAAGCUGUUGGGUCCGAUGAUCAACAAGAAACGGGAACUCGCAGUAGACUCGUGGGCGUACGACGAUGCACACCUCCAAGAUGGGCUCUUUGGUCCACUCCAUCAGUGGUUCGAGGACAACAUCCCAUCGAAGCACUCCAAGAAGUACCCGUGGCAGUGGAGAAUGCACAUGCAUGUCUUUAGGGGGAUUCGAGGCAUCACAAUGGCAGAGUACCUAAUUCCAGAGUGGGCUGAAUACUUCAGGGGCAAGUCAUUUGAGGAGCUGGAUGAGCUGGCCGCCAGCUGGAAGUACGAGAACUGCGUGCAGCGAGAGCGACUCAACCAAGUACUGGGCCGAUAUGCUCCAAUGAAGGCUGACGACACGCGACUCGUAGGCAAAGUCAUCCUGGCCGAAGAGGGAAAGUCGGACAAGAUGGGGCUUAGCACGACUCAAUCUGUGUCGGGAGUAGGCGUUUUCGAACUUGCCCCUGAUGAGAAAAAGGGCCCAGAUACUCAGCCUACUCCUAUUUCCGUAGCUUGA